AUGGCAACUGAAUGUAUAAAAAACUGCUGUAAAUGGUGUUUCUGCAUGGAGAAAGAAAAAAGUGAUCCUGUUUCCAUGGUGCAAAAAUCUAAAGCAGUAGCUGCAAGCAAGCCAACUAUUGUAGAGAAGCCUCCAUUGUCUUCUGUGUCAGUGAAUCGUCAGGUUGGCUGUUCAGAGGAUUAUCUACUUUCUAAACUGCCCUUGGAUGGUCAGGAGGUACCAUUUGUGGUCCCUCCAUUCAAACUGGCUUAUGUACAGCCGAAGAACUUACCCAGUGUCUCACAUGAUGGAGGGAUUCAAGGACCCGCCAGGGCCUCCUUUGCUGAGCGGAAGGCAGAGCUGCAGGGCGGGUGGCAGUGGCCCGGCUGUGACGUGUACAACCCCUUCUACCUGGAGCACCGCCUCUCGCCAGACCUGAUCAGGCGCUUCCGAGCAACCGCAGAUAACAGGAAAUUGUAUGGGUCAGUUAGUGAUUUAAGACCUAAUACUUCACCUGGAGCAUUUGAUGUCAGUCGCUCAAUGUUUGAUCUCAGAAGCCCACCUCAUCGAUUCAUGAAGAGAUACGAUUCAGUCUCCAGUGUACCUAGUAGUACCUCUUCCAGGAAGGAUUCUCAAGGCAGUAACAGGAGUCUGGAUACUAUUACAUUAUCAGGGGAUGAACGAGAUUUUGGAAGACUGAAUGUGAAGCUGUGUUAUGUUUCUUCUGUAGAACAGAUUUGGAUCACAGUUUUACAUUGCAAAGACCUGAGCUGGCCUUCCAGCUGUGGGGAAAAUCCUCGUAUCUAUGUCAAGGGAAUUCUCACACUGCCCAAACCAGUGCAUUUCAAGUCUUCUGCCAAGGAAGGGUGUAAUGACAUUGAAUUCAUGGAAACUUUUGUAUUUGCUAUCAAACUUCAAAGCCUGCAGUCUGUCAAACUGGUACUUAAAAUCCAGACACAGACUCCCAGGAAAAAAACAAUUGGAGAGUGCUCCUUGGCACUGCGGGAGCUUAGCUCUGAGGAGUCAAGUCACUGGCUGGAUGUAUCUCCUCCUUCCAAAGCACCUGUGUGCCGUGCAGAACUUAAAGUAGGAACUUGUUUUCAAGCAAUAAACAGGAGGAUUCAGUUACAGAUUCUUGAAGCACAAAACCUUCCAGUUUCAUCUACACCACUGUCUUCAAAUUUCUUUGUGAAGGUUGGAAUGUUUAGUACAGAAGGGAUUAUCUAUAAGAAGAAAACUCAUCUUCUGAAGUCCACUAAUGGCCAAGUGAAGUGGGGAGAAAUGAUGGUUUUUCCAGUUAGCCAAGUUGAACAAGGAAUUAGUUUUCUCAUCAAGCUCUACAGCAGAAGCUCAGUGAGAAGAAAGCACUUCCUAGGACAGAUCUGGAUAAGUCCUGAUAGCAGUAACAGUGAAGCAGUAGAGCAGUGGAAAGAUACUAUGGCCAACCCUGAAAAAGUUGUUAUUAAAUGGUACAGCAUUGGUCCAUCUUGAAGACUGGAGAUGAAACUCAGGACUGAUUUUUCUACAAAGAUA